GGCUCCAGUAUGUCGAUACUCAAACCGCUAGCCCUACAGAAGGCUCUUGAUCAGGCUAACACUGGCGGAGUAUACGCAGCAAUGUUGUUAAAUCAGUCAGGAAGUCCCAUUGCUCAAGCUAUCUUGGACAGUGAACGUCCCACUGCUUCUAUAGCAGCUCAUAUUUGGAAGUUGAAUGCUGCCUCCGGUGAUAGCAUUCGAGGAGGCAACUUAGAAAACUUGAUGAUCGAAUGUGAUCAGGGGAAGGUUGCAGUAGGAGCAGUAGCUCAGUAUAUCCUGUGUCUCUACUCCAAACAGUCUACCGAGACUGGUCUUCUCAUGACAAAGUUCUCAAUUCUCCGAGAUCACAUUCUACCUCCCCUCUCCAGCAUCGCCGAGUCUUGAGCUGGACCACUCUACUUAUCUUCGUGUUAUAUUCAUCGAGUGACUGUGAUUACGAUUCUUGGAUAGAGUGCCACUGCUGCACAAAGCGGAUUAUGACGACUUGGUGAUUUAAUUAAAGACUUAUUAAGGACAUUUCAGUGCUAAUCAUCUUGUAGAACUCUGUCAGAUUUGAUGACACAUAGCUGGUUAUACUGCAGUAUUCUAAUUAUCAUGUUUAGUUGUGGUUGAUUUUUGUGCUUUUUAUAUGUUGCUCGUGUAAUGUUGUGUUUGACUUACUAUAAUGGAGAAUUUUUAUCAUAAGAA